UCACUGAGUUGUCUUGCGUUGAAAGGUGAGGUUGUAAUCAAGAUCAUGGAGAUGGAGAUGCUUACAAUCCACAGGCCAAGAAAACGGCGUGAAAUUGUGUGCGUCGUUUUGCUGGUACUGAUGUUUGCAGUUGCAGGAUUUUUGAUUGGAUAUUUCGCGGUGAAGAAUGUUACUGAAGACGGGGUGAAGUGUCAAUCCAAUGACGGCGACAAGCCUAAACCGACAUUUCCUACAUCCAAUAAGGAAAAAUACCACAAGAUGUUUCAAGAUGAGAUAAAGGCGAAGAAUAUCGAGGACAACCUCAAGUAAGAAACAUUUCAAUAUUAUUUGGUGAAGGCNCGUGAAAUUGUGUGCGUCGUUUUGCUGGUACUGAUGUUUGCAGUUGCAGGAUUUUUGAUUGGAUAUUUCGCGGUGAAGAAUGUUACUGAAGACGGGGUGAAGUGUCAAUCCAAUGACGGCGACAAGCCUAAACCGACAUUUCCUACAUCCAAUAAGGAAAAAUACCACAAGAUGUUUCAAGAUGAGAUAAAGGCGAAGAAUAUCGAGGACAACCUCAAGUAAGAAACAUUUCAAUAUUAUUUGGUGAAGGCAAGGUAUUUGCCACUAGGUUUCUUAUCUGUCUCAGUGUAACCAAAACUUCGUAAACUUCCACCUGAAGGAAAGACAUAAUUAUAUUGUACAGGUGAAUUCGUGCAUCGUGUAUAGCUGCUUUUGUCAUACAAGAUACUCAUUCACGACGAAGACUGAGCCUAAAGUCAGAGUUUAACGAUAAGAGUCAGAGUUUAACAGAUAUGCUUUUCUAGUUUCUUGGAACUUAAUUUUCGCAGCUCUCUCCCUUACACUUGGAGGUCAGGCUAUCUUAAUAGCACGCAAAUUAUGUCAAUUAAUGUUGGCGGGUACUCUUUGGCAGUCUAAACUCAAAACUUUUAUGUGAUAGAAUGAAAAUACAAUUGUUUACAUUUCUUGUCGUUUUGAGUGGAUCAGGGAUUAAUUUAUUGAACACAUAUCCUUAAUGCAAAUGAAAUUGUGCAUGAGAUUGUAUUCUGUAAAGUAGCUCUAACACUUGUUCAACAAUUUUUUCCCUUAAAAAACUCGCAAACAAAUAGAUGAGCCUCUCAAAAAUGGAUUACACUGCACAUGUCAAUAAUUUGGCUUUUUUGGAGGUUUUAAAUGUUGUUUGGGCUAUGGCAACAUGUACUUAGAACUGCACAGAAGAAAUUUUAUUUAUUUCCAAAAUGUUUCUUUUCUUAUAUUUUUUUCUAGAUAAAAAGUAACAACAAAUAAACAAAAAACAAACAAAUAAGGCAAAGCAAGGAACUUACUGCAAACUAAUAUAGAAAAAAAAAAUAGGUCGUUAUCACGCAAAUAUUGUUAUCGGAAAUAUUUUAGAGCCCGGUCAAAAUACAUUUCGCCGCAUUACAACUGCAACCAUAAGAAAAUUGACACCGAGACGAGACCGGCCAGUUCUUGGCGAGGUAACCACGACAUGCAGCCUUAGCCCAAUUCAAUACGGGCAAGUAACAGUUCCCUGCCAACAUAAAAUAUUUAUAGCCCUUGAAGCUUGUUUGCUUUAAAGUGACACCAAAAAUAGCUGAAAUCGUGCUUUUGUGAUCACCCACACGUUAAAGAUAUUUAUUGAAAAUAGAAUCCACGCUGGAGUCACUUAAAAGUACAAGUUUUUUAAUUUGGUUUUAGCCGUCAUUAUUCCGACAUACAAACGUUCAUCACACCCUGUAAUCUUUGUCCAGAGUCUGUUAGGAAAGAGCUAAAGACUUAUGUGACUGUUUUUACGGAAGAAACGCACGUUAACACCUUUCACACGAGCUAUUGACCUUCCAGCUUCGCACAGAGCAGAGUGUUUGAAUAUCAAAUAGAAUUAGGUUCCUGUUAAAAGUCGGACUUGACAUGUGCAUGCAAAUGAUUUUAAUCAAUAAAAUUAAAUUCGGCUCAUUUGAAGUUGGACAUUUAACGGUCCUUAACUAUCGAGUCUACUGUCUUUUCCUUCACCUUUUUUUUCUUUUGUCGUUACAGAUUUUAUACCUCGCAGCCUCAUAUUGCUGGAUCUAAACGCCAACAUGAUCUUGCAUUACAUUUAGCUGACAAAUGGCGCACCUAUGGAUUUGAUAAGGUAGAAAUGCCUGAGUAUAAAGUGUUACUUUCUCUUCCUCAAGAAGACAAACCUAACAAAGUGGAACUUAUCAGCAAUGGUACUACUCACUUUGCGAUACUGGGAAAAAUAAAGGUACGUUGGGUUUCAUGCUAUAACGUACAAUGUAACUAUAAUAUUCUUUUUCAGUCCACAGCGACAUGCAAAAACAAAAAGCAGUUGGUUUAAUUGUUUUUGUCUUGGUUUGUUUGUUCCUUUUGUUAUUAUAAAAGACGCAUUUAAAUUCUUGGAUCAUUUUUUCUAAAAUCGUUGCUGCCGACAGGCCUAAUUCAAAACACCAUAAUUAUACUCUUUGCUUUCCCUUUAAAAUCGUGCAAAAGCACUGUUUUCAAUUUUCCUUGGGACUUACAGUCAUCUCGAGAAUAUGACCUAUUUCAGGUGUUUGAGAUGUAUUCCUUGUACUGUAACCACAUUGAGGUUCCUCUUACUGUCACGUGACUUCGGCUGAACUAUCACGAGACGAGUGUAAAUAUUUCUUAGACUCAAUUAGGUUGAUAUCGGGGUGAAAUCAGAAUAACUUACAUGAAACCUUUGAUUACUGCUGUUUAUAUAUUUUCGCCGCGACAAGUUCUACCAGAAAGGGUCGCUUUAAGAUUUGUGGAAAUUGAGAGCCGUUAUGGUUCGUAGUUUCACGGGUCUCUCCAGCUUCUGAGCUGACGCUUCCAGGCAAUUGAAAUUGAACAAGGUCCAUAAUGAAUUAGCAUACUUUCCGGGAAUACUUAGACUACCCUCGCUCCUCUCUCCUUUCAUGAGUCAAUUGUCUAGCUCCUUCCUAUUUGACCGACAUGCAUACCUAUGACUGGCAUUGCAAAAUAACAUACUGACCGAGUAGUGUCAUAAUGGGAACUUGAAAGAGCUCCUGGCCAUAAAAUCAUAGUAUUGUAGUUUAUGAUCAUCAUAUCAGCUCAUGUAGUUACUUUUAAUGGUGCAACCUCAACCAAUUCAUAAAAAACGUGUUAUGAUAAUAAUGAAUAUCUUACGCUAUCUUUUUCUUUACUCAGGUUAAACCAGAGCCUUCUGCAAACGAAACUUAUGACUAUUUUCCGUAUUUCGGAUAUGCACCAAAUGGGACUGUUGAGGGCGAACUUCUUUACAUCAAUCAAGGUUCACUGAAGGACAUCAGUUUCCUGCGGAGUCAUAAUAUAUCUGUAAAGGAUAAAAUAGUGAUUAUCAGGGGACAGUUCGCAUCGGUAGGUAAAUUUCAAUAACACACUCUGGUGGAGCGCUUCAUGUCGCACAUUAAAGUUCCCUAUUGUAGUGCCCCUGAAAGUAGGAUCUCACCAAGAGUUGCGAUCAAAUUUCACAAUCCUUUAGUAAAUUCCCUGACCAAUGACCCUAUGAAAGUAACUACUCGGCUUCGAAAGUAGCGCCCUCAACAGUUAUUUCCUCAGUUACCAAAAAAUCGCGAACUUUACGUAUACAAAAAAUAUCUGAGGCUUGUUUUCGGUGUGAAAUCUAAUUACAAGUUUUAAUUAGCAUUAAGGAUCGAACUUGUUAUAGCAAAAUUCUUUUUAACGGGAUAUUGAUUGAAUUCGUUGAGGUUAGGGGAUAGAGAAAACUUGCAGAUCGCGGGCUGGGAAAAAUUCAUAUUAGCGUUCUUGAGGACAGAUCAAAAUCAGUCUGCCAGCAGACANGGUGCAACCUCAACCAAUUCAUAAAAAACGUGUUAUGAUAAUAAUGAAUAUCUUACGCUAUCUUUUUCUUUACUCAGGUUAAACCAGAGCCUUCUGCAAACGAAACUUAUGACUAUUUUCCGUAUUUCGGAUAUGCACCAAAUGGGACUGUUGAGGGCGAACUUCUUUACAUCAAUCAAGGUUCACUGAAGGACAUCAGUUUCCUGCGGAGUCAUAAUAUAUCUGUAAAGGAUAAAAUAGUGAUUAUCAGGGGACAGUUCGCAUCGGUAGGUAAAUUUCAAUAACACACUCUGGUGGAGCGCUUCAUGUCGCACAUUAAAGUUCCCUAUUGUAGUGCCCCUGAAAGUAGGAUCUCACCAAGAGUUGCGAUCAAAUUUCACAAUCCUUUAGUAAAUUCCCUGACCAAUGACCCUAUGAAAGUAACUACUCGGCUUCGAAAGUAGCGCCCUCAACAGUUAUUUCCUCAGUUACCAAAAAAUCGCGAACUUUACGUAUACAAAAAAUAUCUGAGGCUUGUUUUCGGUGUGAAAUCUAAUUACAAGUUUUAAUUAGCAUUAAGGAUCGAACUUGUUAUAGCAAAAUUCUUUUUAACGGGAUAUUGAUUGAAUUCGUUGAGGUUAGGGGAUAGAGAAAACUUGCAGAUCGCGGGCUGGGAAAAAUUCAUAUUAGCGUUCUUGAGGACAGAUCAAAAUCAGUCUGCCAGCAGACAUCUCCCACCAAAUUUGAGAUAACAAACCCUUAACCGCAACAACAACAACAAACAAACAAAUUUGAGUUGUUAACCAUUACUUACUCGUUUAGAAUAAUUCCAAUCAAUAACUAACAAGCAACUAAGCUUUCGAUUGCCUCUCCGCAAGUGUCUGACUUAGGAUGGUCACGUGAUCUCAAGGCCAUGUUGUCUUCUGUCAUCGUGGAAUGUGGAAAGUAAAUCGUAGCUCCCAUAUAUAUUUACGGUCAUAUGCAAGCCUCUAAUAUAAGUAGCCUGUUUGCUGUUUGUUCGUUUGUUUUACCAUUUAACUCCGCAUUUCCGGGUAGAUUAUCUUGGACUACUCUCAAACUUUCUCCCAUGGUUAGUCUUGGACUAGUGUUGCAGCUUAACCACAAAAUAAAUCUGUAGGAGACACAGUACAUGAUGCUUUUCAUGUCAAUCUACCAAUUAGAAUUACAGUAUGAAUAUUAACUUGAAAAUUUCGAAUAAAUCUUUUCAAUCAGUACUUGACCGGGCAAACCCUUGUUUCUUGAUCACCAGAUAAGUGUCGCUGCAGCGUCUGGUGCUAUUGGAGCCCUUAUCUUCAUAGAGCCCAAAUCCGGAGACAAUCCAAAUGAAAGGUACCCUUACACACCCUGGACGUCAAGCGAAGCCAUAAUGGAAAGGCCGAUGGGGGAAAAUUUCGGUGAUCCACUGACACCUGGGUUACCAGCCAUCGACGACAUGUACCGUGGGCCUAAGAACCUUACAAACUUUGCCUCAAUACCUACACAGCCGAUUUCAUACAAUGAUGCAAUGCAUUUGCUGAAACAUCUUAAAGGUUAAUACAUUAUAUUGAGAAAGAUGUUUAUUCAGUCAGUGACACAGGCGGCUCGGAUGAAAACUGAGUACUCCUCCCAAUCGGAAGUCGAACCUAUGACCUCUAGGUACUAGUCUCGAUGCUCUACCACUAACCUACAGAACAGUCGUGAGAACUAAGACCGCUUAAACAUGAUCCUGCAUACUGCUAGGACUGGAAUGUUGAUAUGUGCUUAUACGCAAAGAUAGAAAUGUGAUGGUGAAUGUUAAGCCUGGUGAAUACACGACAAGGAUCCUUAUUCGGCCAGUGCCCCUAAAAGGAGUUGAACCCAUGGUAUUCUGUUUACUAGUCUAGAUGCUCUAAGACUAAGUUAAAGAUAUAUUAAUUUUUCAUCACAAGAAGUGUUUUAACAGUUCUUCUUCCAUGGUCACUUGGAUUGAGAUAUUUGUAAUAAUAUUAGCUGCGGUUACACCUUGGAUCUCAGCCAUGGGGUAGCAACUUUACUUGUCGUGUGAUGAUGAUCUUCUCCAGCUGAAAUUGCCUAUGAAAUGUUUCCAGGGAAACCUAAAAAAGAUGACAGCUGCAGCGGUAAAUCCAAGGGGUUUACAAGAACCUAACAUUCAUUACGUUCUUGCCAUAGUUAUUCACGCACCUUGGUUUUUUCCUGUUAGGUAUGCAAGCGCCAAGAGAUUGGCAAGGAGUGAAAAACGCUUCCUUCAACGUUGGACCAGGCUUCAACAUAUCGAACUCAACUAUUCGAUUGGAAAUCAAUAACAAGAUCGUCAUGAAAUCCAUAUAUAACGUCAUCGGAACUAUUUACGGCCAAGAGGAACCGGACAGAUAUGUUUUGAUUGGCAGUCAUCGGGACGCCUGGUUUUUUGGAGCAGCAGAUCCUUCAAGUGGUACAGCAGCUCUGACAGAAAUAUCAAGGGCAGUUGGCAAGAUGUUGAAAGGUGGGUGGCGACCGCGAAGGACAGUUAAGUUCUGUAGUUGGGGAGCGGAGGAGUUUGGAUUGGUUGGGUCAAUAGAGUGGGUGGAGGAAAAUGCGAAAAUCCUUCAAGAAAGAGCCGUUGUUUACUUGAAUACAGACGUGGCAGUUGGUGGUCGUUACGUUCUCGUAACUCAGAAUUGUCCACUUCUAUCACACGUCAUCUUCUCUUGGGCCAAAAAAGUUAAAGAUCCAAACGCACAUGGCAAUAAAACCAGCCUGUACGACAUUAUGGUUGAGCGAAACCCAUCUAAAAAUAAUCCUGGAGAGCCUUAUGUUGUUCCAUACCAGUAUAUGAGCGACUAUUUUCCGUUCUAUAUGUACUAUGGCAUACCAUCGGCUGACUUUAGCUACUUCUUCGGUUCUGGGAAUCCUGUGUCGCUCUAUCCUGUCUACCACACUCAAGAAGACAACUUCUACUGGAUGAAAACCUUUAUCGAUCCCAAGUUUGAGUUUCACGAGGCAGUAACCAAGUUUGAAGGAGGUUUAUUGAUCGAUUUGGCGGAUUCUUCUUUGUUGUCAUUUGAUGUAGUGCGUUACGCAAAUGAGAUGGUUAACAGUUUGAAAUCACUUCCCGAUCGCGUGGGGAACCAAAGCGUUUCUACUAAAAUUAUUCAUAGGGCUGUAUUAAAUUUUAUAAAUGCCAGCAAGUCAUUUGAGAAAGCAAAGUCCAAAUUAAAUCUGGCUUCAACGAGUCCAUUAGUUUUACGCCGGUUCAAUGAUCAAAUGGUGCAAGUAGAGAAAGCAUUUAUUGGCAAGUCAGGGCACGUCCUUCCGUGGUCAAAAUUCUCUUUCCGGGCAAUAAGAAGGGCGUUCUUGUCAGGAAAAGUAAAUGAAGUCGAAAAGCAGUUGUCAUCGGCAGCCCAAAUAAUAUUUUCUGCCGCAAAAGUCUUGGAACCAUUGCCAGUUGCUUGA